AUGGUCCAGCGCAACAUCACCAUCGCGAUUAUCAUCAUCAUACUCUUCCUCCUCCUCGCAAUCGCUGGAUUCGCCAUCUGGGCUGUACAAAGCCACGUCUCCUUCUUCUCCAAGAAGAAGGAGACCGAUGCAGAGAGUGCGGAUGGCAGCAUGCAGCAGCAAGCACUACAACAUAUACACCCUUGA